AUGGUUGACUGUGUCACUCCUCCUGGCCAGAACCCACAACCCACCUUCCAUCGCGCCUUGUCUUCCACUACAAUCGACUAUAUUCUUGCCUCUCCUGAUCUUCACCCUCGCACUACUGACUCCCAGGUGAGAUAUAUUCACCAAAACUGGUCCGAUCAUUGCCUGUUGACCGUCCGCUUGGCUCUCCCUUCCACCCAAUCCUCUGGUGGUCUUGGCAUCCUCGACCCGAUUACACAGCAAUGCGCUCUUCAGCUUCGUUGGCUCAAGCCAAUAAUCCAGAACCCAUUGGGUCCCCGUGGUUUGGUCCCCAAAUGGAUGGCUUCUCUCCUUCGCACUGAGAAUACGGAUUGUGAUCCCCUUCUACUUUGGAUCUUCCCAGACUCUAGACCUCGCACCCAUCGCUCACUGGAUUCGCCUCUUCAUCUUGUCCUGAAGGCCAUGGACCACCUCCCGCACAAGUUUGACGACGUCCUCACGAAUCUAUCCACGUGCCUUAUGUUGCCCUUGUCCUCCAUGGUUAAUAGCCCUCCCUCUCAUCCGCCCUACCGACAAUCUUGGCGAGACCUGAAGGUUAACCACCUAUACCAAAUUGAUCAUAAUUUGGACGUCCUGAUGCCCAUUGCCCCUGCUAGACCUCUUCCUCGAUUUAUCACUCUUAAUCGUAUCCUACAAAGACUUCUCGACCGUUCACUUGUGGCUCACCCUAUCCUUUUCAGAGCUUGUAUUCCUACAUUCAUCCUAGAAUCGCGACAUUUGGAUAUACCUCCUCGAGAUGGGUCCCCCUUUGACUUUGAUCCCUUCAUCUCUGCUCUGGUCCUCGGCAAACCUUGGUCACGCUUGUCCACGCGCUCUUACCGGCUGACCUGUUCUCAUCAUCAUGCUAAUGCUCAACCACUUAGCCCCCAUCUUAGCCCUCGCCAACUGCACUCUUUCUGGUCUUUCGCACUUCCUCACCGGGCCCGUAAUGUUUGGUUUCGCGGCUUACACAACAAACUAUCUUGCCGAGCUCUUCUGCACCACAUUAUGCCCUUCACUGUUUCUUCACCUCUCUGCAAUAUCUGCCAGAUGUCAAUCGAGACGCAAGAGCAUUUUCUUCUUUCUUGUCCUUUGAAAUCCGCGGUGUGGUUAGGCAUUUGGUUAGAAUUUUUCGGCACCGUCCCACCACCUUCUGCACUUUCCUCGGCAUUCACAUCCUUUCUCUUCCCUCCCACGCUGAACCCCAGUAUUCCAGCCGCCUCGGUUUUCGGACUGACCAUCCUUGCUAUCUGGGACCACCAUUGGGCACUCCACUUUAACUCUGCUCCUUUUUUACCUUCCUUGGUUCUUGCCACUGCUAGGAAAUCAAUCUCCCGCAUCUGCUCAGAGCUCGAGCUUGACUCCGCUGACUCUUCCCUCGCAUAA